AUGAGUCCAGGUAACAAAUUAUCUGACCAUGAUAAAUUUUAUCAUCCUUUUGAACCUUAUGAUAUUCAACUAAAUCUGAUGAAAUGCAUCUAUGACACAUUGUCUUACAAUAACAAUCUUACUGGUAAUGAUGAUGGUAAAAAAAUAUGUAUAAUUGAAUCCCCAACCGGUACCGGGAAAACUUUAUCUCUUAUAUGUUCCACAAUAACAUGGCUGAGAGAUCAUAAACAAAGAAUAUUAGAAAAUAUUGAUACUAAUACACAUUCUAAUGAUAUAAAUGAUAAUAAUGAUAGUAUUGCUACCAUUGCUACUUCUAAUAAUAAUAAUAAUAAUAAUAAUACAGAUAGCGAUGAGGAUAGUGAACCGGAUUGGGUGAACGAAAUAUUUAAUAAAAGUCUAAUUAGUGAAAAAAUUGAUCAAUUUGUACAAUUCGAAAUGUAUUUAGAUAAUUUAAAUAUUAACGAUAAUACUACUACAAAGAUUAGCAAUAUCGAUCUUAAGAAUAAUAUUAAUAAGUCCUACAUAAAGAAAAGAAAACUAAAUCAAAAGCAUAUUCCUAUAGUUAUCGAAGAUAAUGAAUUUAUACCUGAUCCAUAUGACAAUAAUAACACAAAUAUUACUCAAGACACUGAUUUAAAGAAAAAUAAUCCAUCAAACAAGAUUUUUUUGUCAAAUGAAAUUGAAAUCUUACUAAACAAAAUUAAUAACAAUAAUAAUACUACUAAUAUUACUAAUAAUAACGAUACAUUCCAUAAUAAUACAAAUAAUUCAAACCACCCACACACUUUAAAUAAUCCGAUUAAAAUUAUCUUUGCAUCAAGAACUCAUUCACAAUUAAACCAAUUUGCUAAUCAGUUGACAUUACCACAUUUUCCAUCUUCUUUUGGACAAUCGAUAAAGGAGGAAAGAAUUAAAUUUCUACCAUUAGCUUCUAAAAAACAAUUAUGCAUAAAUCCAGAUGUUAAAAAAUGGGGAUCUUUGGAAGCUAUUAAUGAUGCAUGCUAUGAAUUGAGACAUAGGAAGAAAAAAACCGAUUCGAAACAUAAAAAUAAUGGCAACAAUAUAUCUGGUUGUCCCUUUUAUCAAUUUGAUAAAAAUACUGCAACACCGUUUACCGAUCAGAUUUAUCAUUCCAUUCAUGAUAUCGAAGAUUUAGUAACAAUUGGUGAACACUUAAAGAUGUGUCCGUAUUAUGCUUCCAGAUAUGCUUUAGAAGGUGUGGAAGUAGUUACACUGCCAUAUCAGUAUUUAUUAUCUGAUACAGCAAGAAAUUCAAUGAAGUUGAAUUUGAGGAAUAACAUUAUUGUUAUUGAUGAAGCACAUAACCUAAUUGAGACAAUAAACAAUAUUUAUUCGUCAGAAGUUUCAUUAAAUGAUUUGAUUUAUUGUCAAAUUGGUUUAAGUAAAUAUUUACAAAAAUUUAAAUUAAGAUUAAACCCAGGAAAUAGAAUUAACUUAUUGAAAUUAUUGAAAUUACUAAAUGUUAUAAUUAAAUAUAUCAAUGAUAAUUUCGUUAAACCGGGCACCCCAAUAAAUGACUUUAUUGAUUAUUUCAAUGAAAACAAUACAGAUACAUUAAAUGUCUAUCAUUUAAUUAAAUACAUAAAUGAUUCCAAAGUGGCUUAUAAGAUCAAUACCUACAUGGAAUCAUUGGAAAAAGAAAAACAAGUUAAAAAUACAUCUACCAGUAAUGCUAAUAAUAACUGCAAUAAUAAAAGUGAUGAAUCAACCUCUUCCAAGCCCAUAUUGUUUAAAAUCGUGUCCUUCUUAACUUCAUUGACUCACCCAUCAAAAGAGGGUCAAUUUUUCUUUGAUAAGGGUCCAUCAAUAAAAUACAUGCUACUGGAACCAAGCGAAUUGUUCCAACCUAUUAUAGAAGAAGCUAAAUGCGUUAUUCUUGCAGGUGGUACGAUGGAACCAAUGGAUGAAUUCAAAGACUAUUUGUUCCCAUAUUUGAGAAAUGAUCAAAUUGUGAAAUAUUCAUGCAAUCAUAUCAUCCCUGAUCAGAAUUUGGAAACCUUUAUCGUUAAUCAACAAGGUUUGGAAUUCACCUACUUAAAUAGAAAUAAUUUAUCACUAAUCAAUGAUUUUCUAUUCCAAUUUUUUAUGAGCCUAAUUGAUAAUGUUCCAAAUAAUGGUGGUAUAGUCGGAUUUUUCCCAAGUUAUCAAUUUUUAGCAAAUGUUAUUCAGAAUUGGCAAAAAAAUGGAUUACUUGAAAGGAUCAAUAAUAAGAGAACACUAUUUUAUGAAUCAAAAAAUGGCGGUGACCCAUUAGAUGAUUACUCAGAGAUUAUUAAUAAUAAUGGGAAUAAGGGUGCUAUACUUUUUGCUGUUGUUGGUGGGAAAUUGUCAGAAGGUAUAAAUUUUCAGGAUAAUUUAUGUAGAGCAAUUGUUAUGGUUGGAUUACCUUAUCCUAAUUUACAAUCUGGAGAAUUACAGAUCAAGAGAAGACACUUAGAAAAGAAGGUUGAUGAUUUGAAUCAAAAACAUCCUAAUUUGAAACCUAGAGACCCUAAAGUUGUGGUUAAAGAUUUCCUGGAUAAUCUAUGUAUGAAGGCAGUUAAUCAGAGCGUAGGGAGAUCAAUUCGACAUAUAAAUGAUUACUCUGUAAUUAUCCUGUUAGAUAGUCGUUAUGAUAGAGAAAAUAUUAAAAGCAAAUUAUCACAUUGGGUCAAAAAUAGAAUUCAACCCGAACGAUCAGUUCAAUCAAUUAUGCAUAAUGUAAAAGAGUUUUUUGAUGAUAAGAAGAUAAAUAAAAGAAAAUAG